UCUAGCAACAAUGACUUCCAGAGGAGACCGUGGACCGUCGCACAGUGGAGUUCUUCACGAAUAUGCUCCCAGGCUGGUAGCCUUCGAGUUCACCUCGCCCGCCAAAGCGAGCAGCAAGCAGAACAGCUUGAUCUUCGUGGGUGGUCUGACUGAUGGUUUCUGCACCGUACCCUAUGUAUGUGAGCUGGCUGCGGCUCUGGAGGACACAGACUGGUCGGUGUUCUCUCUCCUGUUGACUUCCUCGUACAAUGGAUUCGGGCUCAGCAGCCUCGACCGCGAUGUAGAAGAGCUCGGGCAGUGUGUGAGAUUCAUCCGCGAUCUCAAGGCCGAUCGAAUUCCCGGGGCUACUUCAAAGCACGGCAAAAUCGUUGUCAUGGGCCACUCUACCGGUAGCCAGGACGUCCUCCACUACCUUCACGCGCCUAACCCGCUCCCCAAGACGGAGCGUGACAUCGGACUUCAGUAUAUGCAUCGCCCAGAGCUCGACGGUGCCAUCAUGCAAGCGCCCGUAUCUGACCGUGAAGCGGUGCAGGCAAUCUUGAAGUCUGCGAAUGAUCCUCAAGAGGCCCGCAGUGCAUAUGACCAGCUCGUGAGCUCUGCCAAGAUAGAACCGUGGACCGCGGAUCAAUUUGACUCCAUUCUUCCCAUGAAAAUGACCGCCAAGCUUGGUCUGCCCGGUGAUGCGCCUCUUAGUGCCCGCCGAUUCCUGAGUCUGGUCAGCCCGGAUAGCCCCGAGAAGCCAUCCCAGGAUGACCUGUUCAGCUCUGACCUGAACGACAAGCGUCUCCAGGAGACUUUUGGCCAAAUUGGAAUCCGUGGUAUUUUGCAAUCGAAGCUGCUGGUACUCUAUUCGGGCAGUGAUGAGUGGUGCCCACCGUGGGUGGAAAAGGAGCGCUUGAUGCAGCGAUGGCAGCAGGCGACUGAGGCCGGAGGUGCUAAGUGGGAUGAGAACAGCGGCGUCGUUCCUGGCGCCAGCCACAACGUCCAGGAUGAAGGCCAGAAAGACCUGAUUGAUCGCGUCUUGCGAUACCUGAUGAGCCUGUGA